AUGGAUAUACGUAAUUCAUGCCUUGUUAGUGAUGAGCAAAGUCCCAGGUGCAACGAAAAAUCCAACACUUUAAUCCUCCCUCUUUCAUUGGAAGACAACUCCACACUAACAGGUGGUGCAGCUUGCUUGGCUGAAUUUGGAAAAGAAUUUAGAAUUCCUUGUAACCACAAUGACAUUACCUUGCCUUUUGAUGACAAGAUAGAAAACUUUUCAAUAGAGUCAGCACGAAAGCAUCAUGACUUUCUGCUUAGGGUGCAAGAAUACAAGAAAGAAAUGGAAGUACUAGUGGAGAAGCUAAUUUUAUGUGAAAAAAGCCUGGAUACCGAUGAUGUUGGGAUCGAGGAGGAUGAAGAGAAAGAUACCGAAAAUGGAGCUGGAGAGAAUGAACAAUUCCAAAAAGUAGAUGGAAAGUUUCAAAAGGUUGUAGAUAAGUUGAGUGCUAAGAUAUGGAGUGCACAUCAGUCAAGUGAUCCAGAUGAUUUGAGCAGACUUGUCCAGUAUAUGCAACUAAAUAGAGAUUCAUGGGAAAAAGCAGCUAACCACCAUGGGAGUACCAUUUUGCACCAUGCCGUAGAAGAAGAGAACUUAACACUUAUAAAAACUUUACUAAAUGUGGGGGUAAAUCCCAAUGUGAAGGAAAAAUGUGGGGCAACUCCAUUGACUUUGGCCAUUAUAAAGAAAAAUGAAGAGAUUGUAAAAUUACUGUUGGAGAGUUACGCUGAGUAUGAUGACAAAUUCUACACCUCUGUUCCUGGACCCAGAACGAUGGCACAAAAGUUAAAUAUUCCAUCUAUUGAACAGUUGUUUGAUGACCUGUCAAUGGAUGAGACCCACUGCGACAAAGUUAUAUGGGACAUCGUUGAAGUAGCCACAGUGGGACAUAAACAAGGUAUUCAUACACCUAUAAUUUUCGAUAAUGAUACAGAAGAAGAAAGCUCUCAAGUACAUACAUUUAGUUAUGACAGAUCGAGACCAGGAAACAAGACAUUAGUUGUCGGAGAUCAAGGAACAAAUAAGAUAAAUCGCAGUGUUAGAGCGAAAUCUGCCGGUGCUUAUGACUGGGUUGGUGAAGUUCCUGGAGAUAUGCACGCCAAAGGUAAGGACUGUACCACCAAUCUAGAGUAGAAAAGUACAAUUUCCGGGAGUGUUUAUCUCCCCAUCCAUCCUCCGAUUUUCAGGGUCCAGUUGUACGAAAGCCGGAUACCUGACCUAAUGUUUUAAAUGGGCUGAUGGCGUGGUUGGGUGUUCAAACCUAGUUGCAAUAAUACAACUUAGUCGAAGAGCAAACAAAUAUAACCACGCCAUUGUACGAUGAAAACUCUAAGUAUUCCCAGUCAAUUUUAGCAAAUAUUUCAAGCACUAAACAGUGAAAAAUACAUCGCAAAUUUCGUUAAAAUUUGUGACGCCAAUUUCGUAGCUGCAAAUGUAAAAAAAAUACAAAACAAAGACGAAAAACAUUUACCUUGAAUAUUUUGUAGUGGCUUAGGCAUGUUUUUAAAACAAUUAGACUAGUUUAUGCUUCAGGCAAAACAACAAAAACGCCGAGAACUUUGGCAAUAUUCGCAAUACGCGUGACGUCACGUUUUUCAACAAGGAUGAGUCAAUGAUAAAACAAAAGUUAUUCCGAAUAUAAGGAGUGCAUAAUAUUAACACACAAUUUAUUAAAACUGUAUAUUUCGAAUCUAAAUCAGAUUCAUCUUCAGCAGUGUUUUGCAAGAUAUGUCGUUAUAUUUACAAGCGUGAGCAAUUUUUGAAUAUAACGACAUAUCUUGCAAAACACUGCUGAAGAUGAAUCUGAUUUAGAUUCGAAAUAUACAGUUUUAAUAAAUUGUGUGUUAAUAUUAUGCACUCCUUAUUCGGAAUAACUUUUGUUUUAUUUUUGCUGAAAUUAUCAGCCGGAAAAGGAUUAUGAGUCAAUGACUUCAGGAAGUUUCCUAUCCAGUUAUUUUACAAUCCAUGGUCAUACACAGACAACAGCAAAGUACCAGUAAUAACGGUAUACUAGUAUAUAGCACAAAAAUCCGUGUAAAAACGCGCGUUAAACAUACGUACAGUACAUGUGUAUAUUUCGUCUUGAUCACUUAUCGGUUGUGUGUACCUAUCAAGAAAAAACUGAAUAUGUUUACUCUUAGUUUAUAGCGGAUAAUUUGUUUAAUAAAACACCUUAUCUAGUAUAUAUCACGUUAUUCUUUAUACCAGAUUAUCUGUUUGUAAGUGCUUGACAUGUCAUAUGAUACCUUCGUGUAAAUUGGGCCAUAUAUAUACAUACUGUAAUAGUAAAGUUAGGUAUACUGCGCCUGUAUAAGUAUUGUUAUUUUAAACAAUAGUACUUUGUUGUGAUUUACACAGGCUAUUUCCUAGAAGUUUGCAAGAAAACUAUGGGCCCAGGAGGUUUUAUGUGUGUUCUUCAUCAUGUGAUUAAAAGGCAUAAAUUGAAUGAUGCUGCAUUUGGCGAUAAAAAGUUUCAAAAUCAAAAUCUUGGGAAGAUUCAUGAAGCUGUUCGAGAUAUCUGCAUGGCGUAUGGAUUAGCGGCUGUUCAGUUGUAUAAGAAAAGCGAAUUCUUUCCUACAGAAAGUGAACUUACUGAUCACCUAAAUCGAUUUAAUAAUCAUAACCAACUACUCCUCGAAACCUUCAAGCGAUGGCUAGCCAAGGCAUCCGAAAGUCGAAAGUUUGCAUAUCAAAGCCAGAUGAUUACUUUAUUUGGUCCGUUGCGAGACUUGUACAAAACCAGAAUUAGAGAGGGUGAUGCAUGGUGUUGCCCGUGA